UAUCAUGCAAACCCUGCCCCCUUCUCAAGAUGGGGGGCUGAAAGAGUAUAAAACAUAUAGGGGUGGCCAGCCAAGCAUAAGGAAGUGAAAAGCUUGCACGUUUCUUGCUCUAUGUCUGCUCCUGUUUCACCGACUUCAAAAACAAUAAGAUGUUGUCUCGAAAUAUUUUAAUAUUUUCAGCAGUGGUCUUUUUGGCACCCAUAGUUUCAGCUGCUCCCAUUGAAGAGAAAGAACCAGACGAAACAGAGCUGGAAGUGGAGACUGGAGAGGAGCUUUCUGAAGAGGAAGAUGAUGAGGAUGACUCGCAAAUGCAGGAUAUGCAUAUGGGCACUGGAGCGCAGAAAGCCACCGCGGCACCAGGAGACGCGGGUACACCUAGUCACCAUGAUGCUUCAUUUGAAGGCGAUUCAUCCAAUGGUAAAGGGUCCAAGGUGAAUGGAGGAAGUCCCACACAUACCGGCCAUGACUCAAUGUCAAGCAGUACUUCAGCCACAGGGGGAACUGAGGGUGGUAAUGGGAGAGAGCCACAUGUCCAGCCCUCCAGUUCUCAUGAUCCCAGCGCUGAAGUGCCCAUAGGGUCUAGUAUGGAGACAGGUUUUGCAGGUGCAGGGGAUCAUGGGAGUUCAAUGUCACAGGUGCUUUCACCAGGUGCUGUAGAUGCCCCCUCGGAAACCAUCUAUCAUGACUCAGGAACUCAAAUGGGAAGCUCAUCUGGUAUCAACUCAGAAGUGCCUCCACAGUCAUAUCAGACAGCGUCAGAUCAUCACCAAAGUACCUCUCUAAUGGACACAGUGGUUGAUCCAGGUGUGUCUGACCCUGGUUCUCAGAUUGCAGCCCCAGAAUCAGCUGGCUACGAGGCAACCGAUGCGGAAUUUAAUGGAAACGGGCAGAAGCUUCUGGUGAACGGAGCGCAUGAAGGUCCCCUGGGCACAGAUCACAUUGCUGAUGGUGCAGCCCAAACUCACUUAGCAGGUCCAGUGGACCCCUCUAGCAUUGAUCCUCAUGCAGACUUAUUGGGCCUGGCAGACCUUUUUCUUCAUGAUAUCCACACAGCUGUGUCAGAUCACACAGGAUCCAGUUCACAGAUAGCUUCAACAGAUCUUGGGCUGGAUCCAGGACAGUCCUCCAGUAGCGGGUUCCAUCCGGACACCGCAGCGGAUCUGUCUGGGAGUAGCACUUACACAGAAGGCGGAGCCUCAAAUCUUGUUAACACAGUACAGAGUGACACACAGACAGAUUUUACAGUUCCAGCUGACCCCUCAGGAUUUGACCACCCAUCACUAGACUCAACAAGUGGUGGUGCCAUCAGCACCUUUAGUGAUCACUCACUUGCCCCAGGUGACACAGGUUUUGGGACUCAUGAUGUUCAUACCAGCUUACUAUCAGACACAACAAAUGAAGCCGUACUCUCGGACAUGAUGUCACAUUUAGACCAUUCCCACAUAGACUAUCCGGGCGCUGUUGAUGUACCCAGUACUGACUCUGCCGCUACUAAUGGAAACGGAAAUGGUCGCCAAAGACCAGUAACAGCGAUACACCAAACAGUUGACCAUCAUGGCAUUGAUUCACAGCUCGAUUCCACAGUUGUAACAGGUGGUGUAGAAGGUCACACCAUAAUCCCUCAAACAGAUGUAAUGGGACAAGGGAGCUCGCAUGAAUCAGUGCCCCACACAGACAUUACAGAUCUGGGAGUGGAACCUGUGACCAGCUCCCACGUACAGGCAGACAUCACAGCUCCAGGGGACAUGCUCAGCACCAGUGUACUGGAUACUGCAGGGCUUGGAGGGGAGGCCUUGGCCACUGGGUAUACAAACAGCACAGAAUUGUUCCCUGGGGCUGGGCUCGAGGCAGGCUCAACGGAUUCAGCCAACCUGCAAGGUGAACACAUUGAGACGGCAGUUCCAGUUACAGGAGACGCACUCAACACCAUGUCUCAGACAGACGGCGUGGGUAUGGUUACAGCUGAUCCACAAGGAGUUAAUGAUGGUUUAAUAGGUCAGACAGGAAUCACACCACAGGCCCAACCUGCUGCUUGCUCGUUUCAGCUUCCGCAGCUGAACAGUACAUCACCUCUGGUCAGGGUCCUGAAGGUGCAGAAAAUGUGGAACUGGAGGAUUCCUGCUGAUUUCCACAUCAAGCCUCGAGUGAGGAUCCUACGCUACAGGUUCCAGUGUAUGAACCAGCCUACCUGGAAGAGCAGCGAACCAGCCCACUAGCGAUAGUCUCAUUUGUUUUAUGUUGUAUUUUGACUAUUUAAACAAAGAUAACACUGUAAGUUUACUUUUACUAUGUCUGUUAAUAAACACCUGGCAAAUCUUAUUUGAUGUCAAGUGAGGGGAGAAGAAAGAAAUUUUUAAAAACCCACCAGGUUUCAGGGUGUGGCUUUAAACUGAACAUUGUUACCCCGUCAAAAAAUUAAGAUGUACAAAAGCACAAAAUUAUUGAAACUUUUUAAGCUUCUAUUUUUGCAAUAUGUGCAAGUACUGUAUUUCUUUAUUUAGAUAUAUUUGAGCAAUACUCAUCACCAUUGUAACAAAUUGUACAUUGCCUAAUGUAUGUCAUUUGAAAAUAAUCUUUACAUUAAAGUUACAGUCUAUUUUGAA